AUGCGGACCCGCCUUUGUGAUAAUCCUGCUCCUAAAAACGGUGGCAACCCUUGCUCUGGAGCUGACGCCGAAAUGAAACCCUGUUUUAAACAUUGUGCUGUACAUGGACAAUGGGGCUCCUGGAGUGGAUGGAAACUUUGUAGCGUAACCUGCGGCAAUGGAACCGAGGUAUAUCACAGGUCAUGUGACAGUCCCGCGCCUAAUCAUGGAGGGAGACACUGUGUAGGACACUCUACAAAAUUAGUUCCAUGCAGUGCUUCACCUUGUGCAAUUGAUGGAGGUUGGGGAGGUUGGUCUUCUUGGGACACUUGUUCUGUAACGUGCGGCGAUGGCGUACGACAUCGACAUCGUAGUUGUAAUAAUCCCUCCCCACAACACGGUGGCCAGGGCUGCUCGGGAAAUAAAAAAGAGACCCGAAAUUGUCACGAACAACAAUGUCACCCACCUCAAAAUGGACAUUGGAGCGACUGGUCUGCUUGGGGUCAGUGUUCAGUAACGUGCCAUGACGGUGUCCAGCACAGGAGUCGCAGCUGUACCAAUCCGCCUCCAAGUAAUGGCGGCCACACGUGUCAAGGCGAUCACAGGGAAUCUCGGCACUGCAAUGGAGGUUCAUGUCACCAUUUUAAAUCCCACACAGCAAGACAUAAUCCAGUCACUUGUCGACAUGACGUCCUCAUGGUAAAAUUUGACGCAGUUUAUGUGCAGUUAGAGGCGGAUCAUCUGUUGAUGGUUACUGGGGAGAUUGGAGCACUUGGGGAAGAUGCAGUCAGCCGUGUGGUAUAUCAGGGUACCGUACAAGGACCCGGCUGUGUGAUAACCCAGCCCCCCAAAAUGGCGGAAAUCCCUGUACUGGAGCUGACCAGGAAAUGA